GCUCAAGCUAAGAAGCGGCGAUUGGCGGGCUGCGAGGCUUCUUCGGAGCAUCUAUGUCAGCGGCGGGGGAGCCCGAGGCACGCGUGGAUUUUCUUGCUUUAUCUUUCUGAAUUUGAGCCCUGUUCUCUCCUUUUCUGGAGGAUUUGCCUUGCUACCUUAAACCAUGGACAUCAUUGGAUUUAUGAAGUCUCAAUUUAUUUGUCAUCUUAUUAUCAGUUACGUAUUUAUAGUGUCAGGACUGAUAAUCAACUUCAUUCAACUCUUCACGCUACUUCUCUGGCCAUUCAACAAGCAGCUUUUCAGAAAAAUCAACUGCAGGCUGUCAUAUUCUCUAUCAAGCCAGUUGGUGAUGUUACUGGAAUGGUGGUCAGGCACAACUUGUACCAUCUCUAUAGAUCAACAAUCAAUGCACAAGAUUGGGAAUGAGAAUGCCAUCGUCAUCCUUAAUCACAACUUUGAAAUUGACUUUGUCUGUGGUUGGAGCUAUUGUGAAAAAUUUGGUGUUCUGGGGAGUUCCAAAGUCCUUGCCAAGAAAGAACUUUCCUACAUGCCGAUCAUCGGCUGGAUGUGGUACUUCCUAGAGAUGGUGUUCUGCAAGCGAAAAUGGGAGGAGGAUCGGAAAACUGUCAUGCAUAGCUUGUUUAAUCUCCGAGAUUAUCCUGAAUACUUCUGGUUCUUGAUUCACUGUGAAGGCACGAGGUUUACCGAGCAAAAACAUGAAAUCAGCAUGCAAGUGGCUGAAGCUAAAGGCUUGCCAAAGCUCAAAUAUCACCUCCUCCCGCGAACCAAAGGAUUUACAAUCACUGCUCAAUGUUUGAGAAAUGUAGUUUCAGCUGUAUAUGAUUCUACACUGAACUUCAGAAAUAACGAAAAUCCAACUCUGCUGGGAAUUUUACAUGGGAAGAAAUACCAUGCAGAUUUACAUGUAAGACGUAUUCCAUUAGAGGAGGUUCCUGAAGGCGACCAGGAGUGUUCUGAUUGGCUUUACAAACUCUAUCAAGAAAAGGAUACCUUCCAAGAAGAAUACUACAGGACAGGAAGCUAUCCAGGGACCCCCAUAGUGCUUCCUCGGCGGUCAUGGCCUCUCCUGAAUUGGCUUUUCUGGGCCUUGUUGCUACUCUACCCUUUGUUCAAGCUGCUCAUCAACAUGAUUAGCAGUGGCUCAUACCUGACACUUGCCACUUUAGCCUUUGUCUUGAUUGCAGUUUCAGUUGGUGUUCGAUGGAUGAUAGCAGUAACAGAAAUUAACAAAGGCUCAACUUACGGCAACCACGGACACAAGGAGAAGCAAAAAUGAAAUCUCCAGAGACUGCUUCAUACCCAAAGGGAACAAGCUUGUGAACUGCUGUGCACAUCUAUCUUCAGACAUGAAGACCAGGAAUCUGCUAGAGAGAGCUCGUGCCUUCACUGAAGUCACCUCUCUUCUCUAUUCAUCUCUCCCCCCC